CCCGACCCCACCAGCUGGAGUGAUUCGGGACUCGGUUUUCUUGCGAGGAUCGCGGGCGGGCUGCCCCUCAUGGCCCGGAUUCCCGGCCGCGACCCUCGGGGGCCCCCUGUGCUUUGCUACCUUCUGGGCUCCUUGCUCUCUGGACUGCUUCUCCCGGGGGCCGCCGCCUUCAAUCUGGACGUGGUGGGCGCUCUGACCAAGGAGGGCGAGCCGGGCAGCCUCUUCGGCUUCUCGGUGGCUUUGCACAGGCAGCUGCAGCCCCGACCCCGGAGCUGGCUGCUGGUGGGCGCUCCCCAGGCCCUGGCUCUGCCCCUGCAGCAGGCGAAUCGCACCGGAGGUCUCUUCGCUUGCCCCCUCAGCUCGGAGGUGAAUGACUGCCACAGACUGAACAUUGAUGGGAAAGUUGAUGUGGAGAAGGAAAGCAAGGAAAACCAGUGGUUGGGGGUCAGCCUUCGGAGCCAGGGACCCGGGGGCAAGAUUGUGACCUGUGCACACAGAUAUGAGUCUCGGCAGCGAGUGAACCAGAUCCUGGAGACCCGGGACAUAAUCGGCCGCUGCUUUGUGCUGAGCCAGGACCUGACCAUCCACAAUGACCCGGACGGGGGGGAAUGGAAGUUCUGCGAGGGGCGCCCCCAGGGCCACGAGCAGUUUGGGUUCUGCCAGCAGGGCACGGCUGCGGCCUUCUCCCCUGACAACCACUACCUUCUCUUCGGGGCCCCGGGCACCUAUAACUGGAAGGGCACCGCCAGGGUGGAGCUCUUUGUGCAGGGCUCCCAGGACCUGGCGCACCUGGACGACGGGCCCUACGAGGCGGGGGGCGAGAAGCAGCAGGACCCCCGCCUCAUCCCGGUCCCUGCCAACAGCUACCUUGGGUUGAUCUUUGUGACCAACAUUGAUAGCUCAGACCCUGACCAACUGGUGUAUAAAAGUUUGGAUCCCGCUGACCGGCUCCCAGGACUGGCCGGAGACUUGGCCCUGAAUAGCUACUUAGGUUUCUCCAUCGACUCGGAGAAGCGUCUGGUGCGGGCCGAGGAGCUGAGCUUCGUGGCCGGGGCCCCCCGUGCCAACCACACGGGCGCUGUGGUCAUUCUGCGCAAAGACAGCGCCAGCCGCCUGGUGCCCGAGGUCACGCUGUGGGGGGAGCGCCUGACCUCUGGCUUCGGCUACUCCCUGGCCGUGGCUGAUUUCAACAAUGAUGGCUGGACAGACCUGGUGGUGGGCGCCCCCUUCUUCUUCGAGCGCCAGAAAGAGCUGGGGGGUGCCGUGUAUGUGUACAUGAACCAGAAGGGUCACUGGGCCGGGAUCUCCCCCCUCCGGAUCUGUGGCUCCCGCGACUCCAUGUUCGGGAUCAGCCUGGCCAUCCUGGGGGACCUCAACCAAGACGGCUUCCCAGAUAUUGCGGUGGGGGCGCCCUUUGAUGGGGAUGGGAAGGUCUUUAUCUACCACGGGAGCAGCCUGGGGGUUGUGGAGGAGCCUUCGCAGGUGCUGGAGGGCGAAUCUGUGAGCGUGAGGACCUUCGGCUACUCUCUGUCGGGAGGCCUGGAUGUGGACGGGAACCACUACCCUGACCUGCUCGUGGGCUCCCUGGCCGACACAGUGGUGCUAUUCAGGGCCAGACCCGUCCUCCACGUCUCCCAUGAGGUCUUCAUUACCCCACGAGCCAUUGAUCUGGAACAGCCCAACUGCAUGGACGGCCUCUCAGUCUGUGUGGACCUGCAGGUGUGUUUCAGCUACACAGCAACCCCCAGCAGCUACAGCCCCAUCGUGGUCCUGGACUACGUGAUAGACGGGGACACAGAUCGGAGGCUCCGGGGCCAGGUGCCCCGCGUCACCUUCCUGAGUCGCAGCCUGGAUGAGCCCAAACACCAGGCCUCUGGAACUGUGAGGCUGAAGCACCAGCAGGACCGGGUCUGUGGAGAUGCCGUGUUCCAGCUACAGGAGAAUGUCAAAGAUAAACUUCGUGCCAUUGUGGUGACCUUGUCCUAUAGUCUCCAGACCCCUCGCCUCCGGCGACAGGCUCCUGGCCAGGAGUUGCCUCUUGUGGCACCCAUCCUCAAUGCCCACCAGCCGAGCACUCACCGGGCGGAGAUCCACUUCCUGAAGCAAGGCUGUGGUGAGGAUAAAAUCUGCCAGAGCAACCUGCAGCUGGUACAGGCUCGCUUCUGUGCCCGCAUCAGCGACACGGAGUUCCAGCCUCUGCCCCUGGAUGCAGAUGGGGCCACUGCCCUGUUUGCCCUGAGUGGGCAGCCAGACAUCGGUCUGGAGCUGACCGUCACCAACCUGCCCUCCGACCCUGCCCAGCCCCAGGCCGAUGGGGACGAUGCUCAUGAAGCCCAGCUCCUGGUCACCCUCCCUGACUCUCUGCGUUACUCGGGGGUCCGGACCCUGGACUCUGCGGAGAAGUCUCUGUGCCAGUCCAAUGAGAAUGCCUCCCGUGUUGAGUGUGAGCUGGGGAGCCCCAUGAAGAGGGACGCCCAGGUCACCUUCUACCUCAUCCUGAGCACCUCUGGGAUAACCAUUGAGACUACAGAGCUGGAGGUGGAGCUACUGUUGGCCACGAUCAGCGAGCAGGAGCUACAUCCGGCCUUUGCCCGUGCGCGGGUCUUCAUUGAACUGCCGCUGUCCAUUACAGGGGUGGCCAUUCCCCAGCAGCUCUUCUUCUCGGGCGUGGUGAGAGGUGAGAGUGCCAUGAAGUCCGAACGGGAUGUGGGCAGCAAGGUCAAGUACGAGGUCACGGUCUCCAACCAAGGCCAGUCACUCAACACCCUGGGCUCCGCCUUCCUCAACAUCAUGUGGCCACACGAGAUUGCCAACGGGAAGUGGCUGCUGUACCCCGUGCGGGUGGAGCUGGAGGGCGGGCAGGGUCCCGGGCAGAAGGGGCUCUGCUCCCCUCGGCCCAACAUCCUCCACCUGGAUGUAGACAGCAGGGAUAGGAGGCGGCGGGAGCUGGAGCCCCCCGAGCAGCCGGUGCCUCAGGAGCGGCUGGAGCCCAGCACAUCCUGGUGGCCCGUGUCCUCUGCGGAGAAGAAGAAAAACAUCACCCUGGACUGCGCCCGGGGCACGGCCUCCUGCAUGGUGUUCAGCUGUCCGCUGUAUAGCUUUGACCGUGUGGCUGUGCUGAAAGUUUGGGGCCGCCUGUGGAACAGCACCUUCCUGGAGGAGUACUCAGCGGUGAAGUCUCUGGAGGUGAUCGUCCGAGCCAACAUCACAGUGAAGUCUUCUAUCAAGAACCUGCUGCUCAGAGAUGCCAGCACGGUGAUCCCUGUGAUGGUGUACUUGGACCCUGUGGCCGUGGUGGCAGAGGGAGUGCCCUGGUGGGUCAUCCUCCUGGCGGUCCUGGCCGGGCUGUUGGUGCUGGCACUGUUGGUGCUGCUGCUAUGGAAGAUGGGAUUCUUCAAGCGGGCUCGGCAUCCCGAGGCCACCGUGCCCCAGUACCACGCAGUGAAGAUCCCGCUGGAAGAUCGACAGCAGUUCAAGGAGGAGAAGAAGGGUACCAUCCUGAGGAACAACUGGGGCAGUCCCCGGCGGGAGGGCCUGGACGCACACCUCAUCCACGUGGCUGAUGGCCACCCUGAGCUGGGCACCGAUAGACACCCGAUGCCAGCCACCGCCUAGCAUCCUCUGUGUCAACCUGCAGUCCACUCCCGCCCCCUCGGGAUGAGGACAGAACCGCAGGUUUCUGCUGUCUAGCAGAACUUGGCAGGAUGUUUCCUUGGGGGCAUAGACGUCUCCCCCGUGACGACCACCCCCAAGACCCCAUUAGAGGCUGUGAGAGGAGAGUGGCUAUGUCAAGGGUGAACUGUGGGGUCGGGAGAGGAGGUGGCGGCGUCCUGAUGCAAAGUCGGGGAGGACAGAUACUCGUUCUUCCCUCUCCCAGUCACACAGGACCCCAAGGGCUGGACUCCCCGAAAGUGCCUUAGCCUGGAGUUUUGGGGACGAGGUCGUCUCGCAGACUCAGGGGCUCUUCCCUCCCUAGUACCCUUCUCCUCUGACCUUAGUUUGCUGCAUCAAUCUAGUGGAUUUUGUCUAUUUAUUAAAAAAUAUUUGAGGA